GGAGCUCUCCCAGAGCGAUACCGCCGGCGGCUCCUGGCGCGCGGCUCCGUUCCGUGCGGCGUUCGCCAAACCGUGCGUGUCCCGACGUGCUGCACCCCCAGCUGCCGUCCUCACGGCUGUAAACGUGGCUGCAUGCGCUCCCGAGCGCUGUGGGAAUACCGAGUGGCGGCUGACGCGUUCCGAAGGGAGCGGCCCUGGGCUCCUCGUAGCCGCGGGAAGAAGAAAUGGAGAUGAUGACUGAGAAGCAGGGAGAUGCUCAGUAUUUCUGGAACAACACCCCUGAGAAAGGCGAUUAUGAGGCUGUCGAGGCCCUGAUUUCUAUGAGCUGCAACUGGAAGUCUGAUCUGAAGAAACAUGCAGACGUGAGACCCAUCACCCCAGCCUCUGACAUGUCAGAGGACAGCGAUGAGACCCUGCUUCCUGGAGUGGCAGACUUCAGCACCAUCCCCGCAUUUUGCCUGACCCCCCCGUACAGCCCAUCCGACCUGGAGUUGUCCCACACCACCCCCACACCUCGAGGAGAGGCUGAGCCGCACGCGCCCAGAGCCCUGAAGGCUCAAGCGACCAGCGUUAUUCGCCACACGGCCGAUGCUCAGCUCUGCAAUCGCAAAACCUGCCCAGCGAGAACAGCCAGCGUACUGAAAUACCAGGAUAGUGCUUCAUGGGACACCGAUAGCAAACUGGACAGCAAAGAAGAGUGCUCGGCUACAGCACUGAAUAGAGUGAGUUAUGAAAGCAGACGAUUGCCAGCUGCAGAAAGAGAAACUGCAGAGCCAGCUGCUGGCCCUGAGCGCUCGACAAAGCCUGUGGUCAGCAGGCGUCCAUCUGUCUCUGGGUCAGCGCAGCAGCCAGCACCGAUGGCAGCCCCAUGCCCUGUCCUGGGAAAUGGAGCCCCCCCCGUGCCGGUGAUCUGCCAGAUGGUCCCACUGUCCACCAGCAACUCUGUCAUGACUGCUGUGGUACCCAGUGCUACAGCCAGCCGGCCGCCUGCGCUCUGCCAGCCCAUGGUGCUCAUGGGCACACAGGUCCCCAAGGGCGCCGUCAUGUUCGUUGUGCCCCAGCCAGUUGUGCCGAGCGCGAAGGCUCCGAUCCUCAGCCCAAAUGGCACAAGGCUCUCUCCUAUUGCCCCUGCUCCUGGCUUCGUACCUUCUGGAGCCAAAGUCACUCCUCCAGUUGAUUCUUCGAGAAUAAGAAGUCACGUUUGCAACUACCCGGGGUGUGGGAAAACUUACUUCAAGAGCUCCCAUUUGAAGGCUCACGUCCGAACACACACAGGAGAGAAGCCCUUUAGCUGCAGCUGGAAGGGCUGUGAGAGGAGGUUUGCCCGCUCCGACGAGCUGUCCCGGCACCGCAGGACGCACACGGGGGAAAAGAAGUUUGCGUGCCCCAUGUGCGAGCGGCGGUUCAUGAGGAGCGACCACCUGACGAAGCACGCGCGGCGGCACCUCUCCGCCAAGAAGCUGCCCAACUGGCAAAUGGAAGUGAGCAAGUUGAAUGACAUCGCCGUGCCGCCUCCGUCGGUGGCUGCGCAGUGAAGGGACUUGGUCAGAAGGUGGCGGAUUAACUGCUGUCACUGGGAUAUACCAGGUUAAAAAAGAAAAAAA